AUGUCAGACUCCUUCUUUGGCUUCGACACUACAUUACCACCUUUAAAUUCUGACCAGUUAACUGGAGUAGGUCGAACUGGCGAGCAAGAGGAGGAAACCGAGGAAGAAGAAGUAGAAAGAAAAAUAAAGGAUUUUACUCUAGAUUCAAGAGAGGACUUUGAGGUUUAUGAUUAUGAACAGAACUUUGAUUUAGGUGCUCAGUUAGAAGAAACGGGUGACGAUUUAAAUGCCGAAACGUUUGGAGAUGUUGGAGACGUCGACCAGGAUUUUGAUUUUACGGGAAGUACGGCAAAAAUUGUAUACACAAUAAAAAAAGAAGAGGAAAUUUAUAUUGGCCGACGGGAAAGACGGGAAAGCGCCACGUCAGAUAAAGGCGAUGAACAAUCCAAACGAAGACCAUCUUACGCGGCUUUAUGGGGAAAUGAUUCGGAGGUUGUGUUUAUUGGCAAAAAUAAUCAUCCAAACGAGGUAGUAGGCACUCCAUCAUUAUCUGAGUCUCCAAUAAGUCCUUCUAUAUGGGGGUCAUUUCAUGCGCAUGCGCCAUCAAGUCGCACAGAAGGUGGUAUUGUUCCUGGUCCCUUCGAAAAUUCCCAUCAUUAUACACCCCCUCAAACAUCACCGCCACUACUAGGUUUUGUGCCUCCUGCACAUUCUUCUGCAUGCCCUCAAAUGUCACUUGAAGAAAUUGAAGCGCAAUUGCACAGGCAGGCUGGAUUGCCCGAAAAGAGAAUGCUGAGCUUGGCUGAGGUUGAGGCCGCCUUGCUGGGCAUUAAUGGUCGACCACCACCACCACAACAAUUAAUGUAUCCUACAAAUGAACCUGCUUUUAGAAGUCAAGAUAAUGCUGCUUUUUUGGAACAAGAAGCUGCUUACCGAGAACAAGAGGCUUUGUCAUUUCAUAGGGAAAGAAAACGAAGAGACAAGCAACGAAAAUUGGUUGAAAUGUCUCGAUAUAAUGGUCUUAUGACGCAAAGUGAUAAAGAUUUC